GGCCCCUACACCCUGUGCAGCGUGACAAGGGGCCACCAGUUCGAAUCCCUCUUCUGUCAGUCAGGGCACCCGCCCAUGCGCUCCUCACUGCAGGAUGGGAGGAGUGAGAGAGGCAGGAGGUGAAGGGUGGCCUGGGGAGGGCGUGCCAAGCCAACUUGGAGCAAGCUGGCAUACUUACCUGGGGGGACAUGGAUGUCUCAGUGGUCUCAGCCCACAGGGAUCAAAUGCUAGUUCUGGGGGCAUGGCCUCACCUCCCCCAGCCUCAGUGUUCUCAUCUGUGAAGUGGGUUAUUGUGAGGUUUAAAGGAGCUAAUGGUCAGAGGGCAUUUAGCAAGGACAUCACACGUGUCCCCUUUGCUGUUACUCCUGGGGACCAUGAAGACAAGGAAUGGGUGCCCCGGGGCUGUUUGAAGGCACCAGGAGAAGGAGAGGAAGAGCUCUGGGAGCUGCAGUCCUAUUCACAAGAGCCGCUGGUGCUUACUGAGAAAUUGUCCCAUCCCUACUGGGACAUCCGCCCCCUGACUGUACCCUGUCCCCAGCUCCCAGUGCUGGGACAGAGCCUAGGGUGAGCAGGCCAGCUACCAGCACCAAAUCCCCCGCCAACUGCAGCCAUGAGCAAGUGGAGGAAGGACCACCUUGGCACCAGCAGCCCGGAGCCCCUGGAGGUCAUCAUUAUCGGCAACGGUCCUUCGGGCAUCUGCCUGUCCUACCUGCUCUCUGGCUACACCCCCUACAUGAAGCCGGAUGCCGUCCACCCACAUCCCCUACUGCAGAGGAAGCUCCUGGAGGCACCAGGGGUCUCCAUCCUGGACCAGGACCUGGACUACCUGUCCGAAGGCCUCGAAGGCCGGAGCCAAAGCCCUGUGGCCCUGCUCUUCGAUGCCCUCCUGCGCCCAGACACAGACUUUGGGGGAGACACAGAGUCCGUCCUCACCUGGAAGCUCCAGAAGGAGCGAGCCAUCCCCCACGUGGUCCUGGGCCGGAACCUGCCUGGGGGAGCCUGGCACUCCAUUGAAGGCUCCAUGGUGACCCUGAGCCAAGGCCAGUGGAUGGGGCUGCCGGACCUGCAGGUCAAGGACUGGAUGCGCAGGAAGCGAAGAGGUCUUCGCAACAGCCGAGCUACCGCCGGGGACAUCGCUCACUAUUACAUGGACUACGUGAGCAAGAAGGGCCUGGGCCACAACUUCGUGUCUGGCGCCGUGGUCACAGCUGUGGCACGGGGGAAGCCCACUCCCGCUGACGCUGGGGCCCAGGACCCCAGGCCCCUCUUCCAGGUGAGCGGCUUCCUGACUGCGGAGGACCAGAGCCAGCAGCCCUUCUCCCUCUGCGCCCGCAACGUGGUCCUGGCCACAGGCACAUCGGACAGCCCGGCCCGGCUGGGCAUCCCCGGAGAGACCCUGCCCUUUGUCCACUACGAACUGUCCGCCCUGGAGCUGGCCAUCCGGGCAGGCACGCUGACUCCAGCCUCGGACCCCAUCCUCAUCGUCGGCGCAGGGCUGUCCGCGGCCGACGCGGUCCUCUAUGCCCGUCACUACAACAUCCCCGUGAUCCACGCCUUCCGCCGGCCCGUGGACGACCCCGGCCUGGUCUUCAACCAGCUGCCCAAGAUGCUGUACCCUGAGUACCACAAGGUGCACCAGAUGAUGCGGGAGCAGUCCAUCCUGUCGCCCAGCCCCUAUGAGGGCUACCGCAGCCUCCCCGAGCACCAGCUGCUGCUCUUCAAGGAGGACCGCCAGGCUGUGUUCCAGGACCCCAGCGGCCACCAGAAGGUCUUUGGCAUCUCCCUGGUGCUGGUCCUCAUUGGCUCCCACCCCAACCUGUCCUUCCUCCCUGGGGCAGGCGCUGACCUUGCCGUGGACCCUGAGCAGCCACUGAGCGCCAAGAGGAACCCCAUCGAUGUGGACCCCUUCACCUACCAGAGCACACAGCAGCAGGGCCUGUAUGCGGUGGGGCCGCUGGCCGGGGACAACUUCGUGCGGUUCGUGCAGGGCGGGGCGCUGGCAGUGGCCAGCUCCCUGCUGCGGAGGGAGGCCAGGAAGCCGCCCUAGCACUCUGCCCAGCACCCUCACACCUAGGCCUUAAGGAGGAGGGAAGGUCACCACGGCCCUGCUGGACACACAGUGCCCAGUGACGGAGGGAGCCUUUCCUGGCUUAUGCAGUUUUCUCAGAUGAAGAGGAGUGAGAGCCCCGGCUGCCUGGGCUCAGGCAGUGCUCGGGCUGGGAGUGGCGGCUGCGGCUCUGCAGAGGCCCAGACCUUUGGUUUGAGGGGGGGGAGGUGUCAGUGUGAGUGGGGUCACCAGGACCAGGUGGGCCCUGAGCCAGGAUUCCAGGCACACUCCUUCCAGAGUCGGGUUCCAAAUAAAGCCAGCACCUG